AAAGAUAGAGAAUAAACACAGAAUCUUAACUCAAAACUCAAAACUCAAACCUCAAAGACUGCUAUAAUAAUAUGUCUUCAUUGGGAGAUAAAAUAAAGCAAGACUCAAAAAAGAGAGCUUGGUAAAGAAUCCAAUUCAUCAUCAUCACCAUGAGCCACUGUGUAGCUCCAAAUUGUUGGAAUCUAAAGCACCAAUCUCAAGAACAAGUCCAUUUCGUGGAAGAAGAAGAUAAUGAAACCAAUCGAUCUUCCCACAUAAGCAACCCCAUGUCCAACCAAGAAGUUGCAGAGCUAACAUGGCAAAAUGGUCAGCUAGCUUUCCAUGGGUUGAAUAGGCACCUUCCUACUGCUUCAUCAAAGCCGACAUGGGGUAUUUCUGGUGACACACUAGAGUCCAUAGUCCAUCAAGCCACAUGCCUUCACACCCAAAACCACAACUUCAGCUUACUUCAACAUGACCAGAACCAGACACCGGCAGUCGUGAGCUCCAUUGCUGCAUCAUCGGGGAGCUCUGGUCGUUUGCCAACAGCAGCGGUGGUAAAGAAACGGGCGCGGUCGAGCUCCGAUGUAUGCGGGGAAAUUCCAAGAGGUGGUGUUGGAAAGGAAUAUGCUAGUGCAUGCGCGAGUGCUAGUGAUGCAUUUUGCAAGGAGAAUGAUGAUAGUACGAUGAUGACUUGGGCAUCCCAUCUGUCGCCUCAAACUAUGAAGGCCAAAGCCGUGGAUGAGGACUAUGCUUAUCAGGAUGGAUCGGAAAACCAAGAUGAGGAACAGGAGACUAGAGGUGAAACAGGUCGCUCCCAGGCCACAAGACGGAGUCGAGCAUCAGCUAUUCAUAAUCUCUCUGAAAGGCAGAGACGAAGACAUAGAAUUAAGCAAAAGAUGAAUACUCUUCAGAAGCUAGUGCCAAAUGCAAGUAAGACAGAUAAAGCUUCGAUGCUUGAUGAAGUGAUUGAAUACUUGAAACAACUCCAAACACAAGUCGAAAUGAUGAGUAUGAGAAACAUGGCGGCCCAGAUGAUGAUGCAGCAGACGCGGCGGCAGCUUCAAAUGUCGGCUUUAGCUCGGAUGGGCGUCGUAAUGGGGAUCGGAAUACUUGACGAUAACAACUCCUUGGCUCCCAAUCCUUCACCAGUCACUGCUCCCACCCGCACAUUUCUUCCUCCUCCUCCUCCUCCUCCGUCCUUCGUGACGCCGCCGCCUAUGAUUCCAACGCGCUUCGCGGCGGCUGCUCAAGCGAAUUCAGAUGCUAGCUCACAUGGCUCCAUUCCUUCGCCUGAUCCGUAUUGCACUUUACUAGCUCAAUCCAUGAAUAUGGAACUCUACAAUAACAAGAUGGCAGCACCGUAUCGACCACAAAUUAAUCAAACUACACAGACAUCAAGCAACCCAUCGAGGUCAAACAAUGUAGCAAAGGAUUAAGAUGAAGCCUAAUGGUCCACCCAAUUUGUGAGAAGCAUAUGUAUUUAUGUUACUCGAGCUUGAGGUAUGAGUGUAACAAUGUGUGCAAUACGUGUAUGUAUUUUCAGACAUGCCUCGCUGUUUUCUGAUAUGUCAUAGUUGAAAUGGAAGAGGUGACCUUAUCACCAUUGAUGGA